GCGAAGACUCGGAGGCUUAUCCCAUUUCCUCCAGGUCCACUGUGACCUGGAGGUGUUGAGACAGACUGCGAAGCUGCUUCAAAGUCGCGCCAGUACUCCUGAUGAUCGUGAAGGUGCAGGAGCAACGGCCGCCAAAGCCGCGGCACUGGCACAGGCAGAGUUGGAUCGGACGGACUCCCAAGCGGUCGAGGCUUCGGCCUUGUUGUCGCCGAGCGAGCUUGAGGAGCAGAACGAGCAGAUGAGUCGCUACCUCCUGGACCUUUCUUGGCAGAAGGACGCCAUGAAGGCAAUGCUGGAGCACUUGCAGAAUCACGAGGCUUAUGCAGUUCUUGGCGUCACACCUGAAAUCUCUGACGGGGACCUCGCGAAAGCCUACAAGGCUGCAGCCAUGCGCCUGCAUCCAGACAAAGGGGGUAAUGCCGAGCAGUUCAAGGCAGCACGCGCGGCCUAUGACCGCAUCUUGGAGUUGAGGCAGCCCGGCGUCGAAGCCUCCCAAGCCUCAUCUGUCUGUGUACCGAUCCUUGGAGGUGCACUUGUGGAGUACCAUGUCGAUCCGGAGCUCUUGGGAGAAACUUUGGCUGCCUUGCAAAGUGAGCUGCUCUCGUUGUCAAUGCAACAGCAGAUGCAACUUCAAGAAGCCGUGGAGAGCCACCGCACCGAGUUGAUGGCGUCGGUAAGGCUGAAUGGCUCUAUGCCGACAGAAAAGGACUACCAGGACACCAGCCGCGACUCUUACGAGAUGAACGGCUCUGAGGGCGACGUUGAGGCUUUCCAGCACCAUGUUCAUCCCGCAGAGGGCCCGGACGUGACCUUCGGCAAUCUCCAGCCGCAUCCUUGUCUCCAACUUGAUGAGCUGGAGAACGAUCCCUACCCACAGAUGGGGAUUACACCAGCCGCAGCCACGCCGUCAAUCGGCUCACCCGCCAUAGCUGCAAAAGCUACAGCUACAGACGAUUCUCCCAAGGAAAGACGCGGAAGCAACGAAUCGCCUUCAUCAAGGAACCUGGGCCUGGGAAGUCGAAGCACCUCCCGCAUCAGGAACACCGUCACCGGCCAGGACGAAACAUCAGCUGCCGCAAGCUCCUUGAAGCUCGCUCAGGAGCGCCGGAACGGCUUCGAUACAGUUGUUGGCGUUGCUGUCCUGAUGAAUGCCCUGGUCAUGGUAAUCGACCUGGAAAGUCAGGGCAACAACGCAGGUGUGACGAUUGGCGUGGUCGAUCGAAGCAUCUGGGAGUCUUCGGCUCCGGUGAUUAUGGUUUUGGAGCACCUCUUCGUGGCCAUUUUCAUUUUGGAGCUGGUCUGGCGGAUUUAUUCCGAGAGAUUGCGUUACUUUCGAGAGCUCAUGAACGUUUUUGACAGCCUCCUCGUGUUGAUUUCCUGCAUUGACUUGUACAUCCUGACGCCUUUGAUCCAGACAUCCUUGAACAACACAGCAACUUUGCGUCUUCUGCGGACCAUCAAGCUGGUGCGUGCCGUCCGAAUCGUACGAGCACUCCGGCUUUUUCGAGGACUGCGGCUUCUUGUCCAGGCUUGCAGCUCUUUCCUCCCUUCGCUCUGCUGGUCAAUGGCACUGCUUGGGAUUUUCAUGAUGAUGGGUGCUCUCUUGAUGGGAAACUUGCUGCAGGAUUUCAUACUUGACGAGGAGCAAGAUUUUGAAAUUCGACAGUGGAUAUGGCUCCAUUACGGAACGGCCUACAGGGCAAUCUACACCAUGUACGAGAUGACAUUUGCAGGGAAUUGGCCAGUUUAUGCACGCCCUGUGUUGGAAAACGCAGGCCAUGGAUAUGUUAUAUUUUAUAUGAUUUAUAUUACAUUCGUGGUGUUCGCAGUCAUUCGCGUUAUUUCCGCAAUUUUCUUGCGUGAAACUUUAGAAGCCGCCAACAAUGAUGCGGAGAUUCUCGUUCAAGAACGAUUGCGCAAGAAGGCUACUUACGUUCGGAAAUUGGAGAGUAUCUUCCGAGCUUGCGACGAAAGUGGAGAUGGAGUUCUGACUGAGGAUGAAUUGAAUGAGUUGAUGCAAGAUAUUCGGGUACAAGUUUACUUGGAGAGCUUGGAGAUCGAUGUUCAUGAAAGCACUGCGCUGUUUCGUUUGUUGCAAAAUGGAGAUGGCGAAAUCACUUGUGAUGAUUUCAUCGAUGGAAUCCUUCGUUGCAAAGGUCCAGCUCGUGCUAUUGAUCAGAUCCUGCUCGCAAGCGAUGUGAAAAAUUUGACCAAUGGCAUGCAGCAGCUUUUCAUCGCAUUGGCUGAAGCCAAUGUGAUAAAACCUUCGCCGAAAAACAUGGGUAUCCUGGCGCGGCGUAAUGGCUCUCGCCUUCAAGAUGAGCUGGC